CUUAGUCACAUGAUCAAAACAUGGCCUCCAUGGAAGUCCCUCAUCCAAAAGAAAAUUAUCAGACAGGAUUAUUAGCAGAUCAGGCGACCCUCAAGCAAUAUUUAGACAAUGCAACAGCUGCUUUACUAUUCAAAAACUUUGAUGCAUGUAUUGAAAACUGUGAAAACGGACUGAGUCGAGUAAAAUUAUGCUCGGAACUGGAGAAUUUCAGUGCUAAGGAGUAUAUAGAGCGACUUUGCGUUCUGGCUGUGCAGGCUCACGCUGAGAGAAACACCUGGCAGGAAGUGCUGCCGUUUGUUCAGAAAGUUUACAGUGACAUCGAACACUCCCCAGCCGCAGUAUUACAGCUGUGUUUACUGCUGUAUGCCAGACUUCAAGAUUACCCACAAUGCCAGGCUCUUGCCAACAUUUGGCUCCGUAACCAAGAAAACUACACAGAUCCUGAGUACCCACAUAUUGUUGAUAUUUAUGUGCAGCAUGCUAUGUUUCCACGGAAACUUCACAGUCUAGUCCCAGCAUUCUUGGAUACCUGUCAUGGGUUGACUGCUUCUCAAAAACAACAAAUGAUGCAGCAUUAUGCCACUUCCAUUGAAAAUGAAUUGAAGAGUGUCAAUGAAGAAAAUGCAAAAGGUACAACAUCAGCUGAUAAAAAUGUUGUCAGAGAAGAUGAUAAUGGUGAGCCAGAAGGAGUAUGGGCCUACAUCAAGAGACUGAGCGCCCUGUUGUUCCAGAGAAUUAAGCCCUACAGUCUGUCUGCCAUUAUUUCAGUCGCUGUCAUUCUCCUGGCCUUCCUCUCCCUCAGAUUUAACAAAGGCCCUUUUUCUAGGAUUCAGAGUGCAGUCCUAUUGUUGUGGCAACGAUUAGUCUGAACAAGCUGAGAGAGGAGUUAACAAAAUGGUUUCCUUUUUAGGAGAUGAAUUUGGUGAAAUGAGAUGUAAGAAUUAAAAUGUAACAAAAGAAUGACAGAAAAUUACCGAGAAAAAAAAUGUAAAAAAAAAAAAAAAACUGCUGAAAAAUAUUGAAGGAUAUGUGAAAGAAUUUAGGAGGGUCAAAUGAAAACUGAAGGAUUUGUGAUAUUUUGUCAUUUCCCGAAACUUGUAAAUUCCCCCAGUUGUGGAGUCUGAAUCAAGUAGGUAGUUGCCAGGAAAUAUAAAAAAAGAAGCAUUAAUGUCAAUAAAAAAUGUGAAUACAUGUAUAACUAUUCAGUUAAACAUAACAGUUAAAUAUUAUUAUGAGUUGUACAGUUCAACGGCAAUGUCAGUGGAACAAGAAGGGAAGACAGAAUUUAUCUAGAAAUGGGAAAUAUAUAAUAUAUGUAAUGAACUAACUCUAUAAAUGUGCAAUAAAUCCCUGCUUUUUA